AUGCUCGCUGCCCAACCUACCUCACCUAGUACCCUGGCACUUCCUGCCUCCGCAGGUGGCAGCAUUUGGGAAUCAGUGCAAUGUAACCAGAAUUCGAUUGAUGAUCCCACUGUUGAUUACGCCAGUCGAUGGAAUGCAGCAGACGUCCCAGGAGCAUGGAACGCGAUGCUCAGCACAUGGAACGGUGAAGCUCACAACAAUAUGUAUCGAGGCUUGACCUUCCCGCAGUUUGCUAGUUACUACUUCAGCGGUCCAGAGCAAUGGAACUGUCAAGAUAUCGGUAGUGUGCAAUGCUCUACGACUGUCCAGUGCAAGGACGUCACUCAUCCAGCAGGCUACCUCCUCUUGAAUGCUUUCUCGGGUAUCCAUCAGCUACACAGUGAGAUGCACGGCGCAAUACAAACGUCGACCUUGGAAGUCCUGAGCAAAAUUGGCGAGUUUACCGGCGUCUUUUCUCCUCAGCAGGAUAACAGCAAAGCCAUCCUCCAAAUCUUCGAUAUCUUCACCACCCUAUUUGGUUUUGCGCUUCCUGUGAUGUUUAACGUUGUUGAAAAGGAUAUCGCAAAUGCAGCCUCGACUGCCGUCCCAGUUCUCACUGAGCUUGGAUUCAAGUGGGAUGGUUAUAUUGUGGACAUGACAUACCAGCUUUAUAGCAUCGGGGGUGCCUGGGCCAGAAACAACGCGCCUAAAGUUGCUGACAAGCUCGGGGCUCAGAAUACACUGUCUUCAGCUCUUGGCGACAUAUUCACCGCUUGGAAGGACAUGGAGGUCAAUUAUCUCAAAAGCCUCUUUUCGGGUGGUAUCACAUCCCAGAUUGACCUUCAAAAUCUCAUUGGAGAUGGCAAGGCAAAUUUCCUUCCAAACCACCUAGACCAAGAUCAAAUGGCAGCGAACUUGGUGACGACAAUCUACGGUCAAAUGAUCCCUAAUGCCUGGAAGACUGCCGUCAUUGAUGGCGGAAGUGCUAAUCCAUUCAUUGUGAAAUCAGAUGUCAGCUGUGACAACCACUCUGCUAGCUUAGAUUUGUUCAAAGACGGGAUCGGAUUCCUCAUGGGAGAAACAGAUGCUGCCAACACGCGCGUGUGCUACAAUGGAAAGCUGGUUUUUAUUUUGCAUGCUAAGGAGUGGAAUGGUCUGAGUAAUGUCAAAUUUACACCACUACCCGGUGCGGAUAGUUCCACUCUGUCCGGAGGCAAAUGGGGAAACAUCACUAUGGAUGACAUUGCCACAAGUGCACUGACUGGAUAUGAGCAGCUUGGCAAUAACCAGAAUGGAUACAAGACGCCGGAUAUGGACGCGAUGAUGAAGGAUCCCGAAGCCCUCCAAUACAAGAAAAUGGUCCGAUAUCCUGGUUUCUUCAACAUCCCUGUCUGUGAGAGCGUGGAGCAGGCAAAAGAAAACAUCAAGGCAAACCACGAGCCAAACUCUCCAUAUUGGCCUUGCGCGGAACCUGCUGGGUUCAAUAAGAAAGGAACUACCGUCCAUGUGAACAAAGGAUACAUCAAUGUCAACAACAAACCUGUUUGCGACUGGUUCAAUAUCCCGGAUCCAGGAUAUGGCCAGACACUGAAUGCAACAUUCUAUGGACGCUUCAAUGGAGAUAACACUGCCGAUUCUACUGUCCAGGCUACGUGCAAGCUUAGUACCACCUGGGAAAAGUGGCUCACUGAUAUCUACUAUGGCGAAGACAACUGUUUGUAUAACGACCAAUCUGAUCCAAUGAAAGGAGAAGAUGGCAAUCACGCUUGUUGCAACGAGACCCCAGAUCUUGAAAUGGUCGCUAAUCCAUACGUGUCUGGGGUUCAGUGCCAGCACUGA